AUGUGGGACCGUACUUUGCCAUCAGAAAGAAUCAUUGCUGGCCCUGCAGCACCGCAGCCUUCGACCCGGCAGCAAAAUGGUCGUGAUGACCUUUACGUGCUUGUGCAGGCUGACAGCAGGGAUGAACAGGUGAUUAUGGUAGUCAUCAACUAUGUUACAGAUGCCUCGGACCAAUACUUCAUCAGAGCCAUCCAUGAUGGCCAUGUUGUCUCGCGAAGUAUAAUACUGGAUAAGCUUGCAAUGACAGGGCUUUGUGAAGCUGUUCGAUGCAAGGUCAGUAAAGACGGAGUAGAAUGGCAACAGGUCCAUUACCCAAUCAGCUAUGGUGAAAGGGUAGAUGUUGAAGUUCGGCUCGAUGAGGAGCCGGCCUCCUGUCCAACUGAACAGCCACAAUUUGAGGCUGAUGAACUCCCCGACUCGCUUGAGUUAUCAGAUGACUCAGAUCUAAUGCAGAGAAGCCUUGCCACGCGGCAUGCACCAUGGACGCCGCCGCAGAGACACCAAAGACAACGGCCUGACUCAAACCUGGAGGCAGACAUCGAGCAG